CUUCACCAGUGCUGUUUUUCGUUCAAAGCGGUGGUGUACUGACAGUGAAGUGAUUUCUGUAGGUUGAAGCCGGUGACCGCACUAACGUAAGUGUAAAAUAAAGCAACGAAGCAAAGAAACCACGACGACGCUCACGCAACCCGUCGCUGGCAUGGUGGUUACCAUCCCGGAGACUGGGGGUUCGACAUCCGCCAGUACCACGAUCCCUCCAUUGAGUAAGGGUCUGAUCACUCCAACAAUGGAAGAAGCGCAACGCAAUUUUGCCAACUUUAUGCACCCGUAUAGUCCGGACUCUGCGCGUUUGGACGACUCCGUCACGACGUUGUGGGACAACUUCCUUUUCCUUAGCGCGACUCUUUUCUUGCAUUCUAUGGCGACCAUGCUUUGGAUGGUGCGCCUGGUCAUUACGAGCCCGUUGGUGUGUUGGAUGGUCACGCGCACGAUUACUUUGCAACAUUGGCUAGGGGACACGACACUCGGGCGACACGCCCUAUCGUGGCGAUGGCUGGAGAGGCACAAGGGACAUCUACCUAGCUGGCCUCCGCCCACUUUGGUGUGUUUGGCACUCUUAACCAUCGUCGCCCUGGUCGCGCAUCCCGACGGGGCUACUUGGGUCUUUCUACGGAAACUGAGAGACGGCAUGUAUACGCUACUGUCCACUUCAUCUGCCUGGGGGGCAUGGAUUUUUUACGAUUGCGGCGCGUUGUUCUCCAGCGUCCUCGCCCUUGCUACCUUUGUCGCACUGUUUUUGCUCGCCUGGGUGAUACGACGCACACUCGCACCUCGACCGAAACCCGAACACGCAACGGACAAGAAAAAGAAGAAACGAAAACCACCGAUGCAUCCCAAAGGAAAUAAUUACCGAGGAGGCCGCAUACCAAACGCCACGGCGAUAGUGACGACGACGACGACGACGAACCCCAAGCAUAAUCCUACCACCACCGAAUCUGUACCGAACGACGCCGGUACCAUCGAAGUAUGUGCCUCGGAGGAAUCUCACCGGCUCGAGGAGCAAAAGGAACCAUCCGUGACCGAGAGGCAAUCGGAGUAUGACCGCCCGGAAAUUCGUUCCACCUUGCUGCCGGCGCUUUCGGAAGACAAGCCACUGGAUCCAUCCCCAUUCAUGUCCCCUAAUACGCUUUCCCCCACUAUACCGGAUCCUGAAACUCUUGUGACGGAAGAUAGCUCACGAAACCGGGCGGCUUCCGGGUCGACGGUAGAUACAGCGAUACUAUCGGACGAUAUGUCUUACGGAUCUGGCUCAACCACACGAACGCUACCGACGGCCAUGCCACCGACCGAACACCCCACGGUAGUACCUAUGGAAAGUACAUUGUGCAAGGGGAAGAAUGUGGCUAUGAAUGAACCGGAAUCCAUACCGAAACGUCCGAGCCGACGUGGGCACAAGAUUGGCUCUUCCGCAGUUGCGACAUGCGGGCCACCUCAGACUCAAUCGGGCGCGAAAGGGGGUUCCGCAACAUCGUAUCAACGUAGCAUUGUUUCGCCGUCUAGCAAGGAAAGAAAUACCAACCGUCGACGCGCCACCAGAAAGAAACGCCUUACGGCAAGUCCUCGUUUGACCCGGAGAGCGGCUUCGGGAAGCGAAACAAGUAUUGCCAUCCCAGGAAUCCAGUCGAAUCCUUUGUCCCCAGCACAAGCAACUCCUUCUCUGAGCCCACACGGCUCGGACUCGUUGUUCUCGACGGAAAUUCCAUCCUUUUCGCCACCUCCGUUGCUCACGGUCACGACGGAAAAUGACUUAAGAACGCCUUCACUUUUCUCGAGAUCAGUGGGACCUGCUGUACAAACUCCUGUUCGCUUUUCGAACAACGGAGGCUUUGUGAAGUCUUCAUCGCCACCUACGUCGACUCGAUCGGUGUACGGAGAGCAGGCUGCUUACUUUUCAACGUUGAACCCUCAAAGUCCGUCUUGGACGGGCCCCGUUCUAUCACCACCGACCAUUCUACGCGCUCCACCCGGUUUGGGAUCCGUGGUUCGCCACGGAACGAUGGAGCAGACAUUGUUGCCGUCUGAAGCCGCUGCUACCGCGUCGCUUUCAAGCAGUCACUACAAAAAUUUGUCUUUGCCUUCAGUACCGGUUGCGCCUCGGGGUUGCAUGAUCAUGUCGCCGAGUCCGUUGUUUGGUACGCCUCAUCCCGGCCCCGUCUAUGGCUCGGUCAAGGAAAACCCAUUCGCGGACGAGGAUGACGAACAAAUCGCAGCCGAUCUACAAGAGCUCGGGGGACGCAUGGUAGGGAGUAUCUUAGACUUUUGAAGCAAUUUUGGGUAAUUUCACUGGCUUUCUUGGUAAACAGCGAUUCGUUGCCCUUACUCAAUAGUUGCUUCUGAAACUAGUCUUUUUGCACGUUUGUAGAUCGUUUCCUUGUAGGAGUUCUAUUAAGUGCAAUAAUGCUGAUGAGUAUCCCGGUCAAAAUCAUGCGUUGAAGAAUGCAUGCGAUGGUAG